AUGUCAUCAGUCAUUGAUGUACCCUGCACGCGGAAGAACAACCCCUUCUUCUCGAAGGGAAACCACCAGCGCGAAACGCCUGCCCCACCCAUCGACGAGUCUAUGGUGCGAGAGCGUCUCUCCGCAAACCUCCCCGACAGCUUCAACUACCGUCGCAACACGCUAAAUACAGGCAGAGGUCGCCAGCGUCGCAGCCACCGGCCACACUCGCGCAGCAGCAGCAGUAACAGCUCCAACUCUGACCGAAACGCUACUCCUCCCGGCCGCGCAGGGCGCAAUGGCCCCGGCAAUGAGAGACGCAGCCGCCCCCCUCACACACACACGCGCACCUCCUCGAGCACCUCCAGCUCCAGUCCCCGCAGCAGCUCCAUGUCGAGCAACGGUGACGAGAGCUACGCCUUCCACGCUCGGCUGGUCAAGGUUGGUUGCAGCGCGCACGGUGGCGAGUCUGCGGCGCUGUCGCAGUGCUGCGACACGGUGCGCGAUACGCUGCAGCUGCUGGAGCGGGCGCAGCUGCGCACCGGCGACGGCGACGGCGGCAACGGCUUCUUCUGGCUCGACCUGCACGGUGUGCCGCCGCCGCCAGAACUGCACGACGCGGGGUGCGGCGACGCACCCAUGAGCGCGCUGUGGGCGGCGCUGGGGCUGCAAGCGUCGACAGUGCACACACUCGCGGCGGUGUGCGAACAGCGGCAGGCGCACCCGCGCCCCGCCCGCUCCUCGCUCGAUAACGUGUACGAGGAGGAGUUGGUCGGUCUCAGCUCCCCGGCUGACCGCGUGCUGCAGGUGGAGCCGGUGCAAGGGACGUCUGUAAAGCGCACAUCGCGGGGCGGCGUGGCCGAGCCGACGCACUACGUGGCGCUGGAGCUGGCCACGCUGCUGACAUCGGUGCAGGCGUCGGAGGCAAUGAGCGAGGCAGCAUGGGAGAGCGCGCUGCUCGCGCGAGCCUCCUUGGCCGAGUUCGCCAACGAGCCUCUGAACGACCUGACCUGGACGGAGAAUUUCGCGCGCGGCAUACGCGGCCUUCCUGCUGCUGCUGCUGCCAUGAACCGAUACGUCUCCUCUGUCUCGUCUUUCACUCUCCGCCAGGUCACGCAGGCGUCGCUGCACGGCCGGGAAGUGGCCACGACGCCGCUCAUCACGUCGAUCUACGUCGUCUGCUUCCCCACAGGGUGUGUGACGUGGUGCCCCGCAAGCACGCUGGGACUCACCAGUGCCGACCGCCGUGCCCAGCGCAGCGCUCCGGCAGCGGAGGGGCAACGACGCCGGCGCCGAUCACCGCACGACCCUCACGAGGACGCCGCAGCCGAACGCAGCCGCUACGAUGCGCUUUACAUGGGCGGCGGUAACUGCGAGGAGGUGCAGUACGUAAAGUCGUGGGAGCAGCUGCAGGCCUCGGUGUUCAGUCGGCUGCGGUACAUGAGUCAGCUGAGCAAGGGCACUGCCUCCCCCUCAUCGCCGCACGCACGGCCUGCCGGCACGUCGGGCGAGCUCUCGGCGCCACCGAUGAGCGCGUCCGCAGGGUCGGUGCUGUGCACGUCCGUUUUUGUGUCGCUGCUUCUCUCCUCCGUUUGCUACGCCUACCUCCCGAACACUGUCAUGUUUUUGGGCGAGGUGGACACCAUCGACUCCAUGCUGCCCCUCAUUGAACUGGAUUGCGAGAGCGACCAGGCGGAUGCCCUGCGCCGCGUGCUGCUGCUUCGCCGCCGCCUCGCAGUGCACAGGCGGCUGCUCUUUCAGAAGAUCUGCCUGUUGGAGGCGCUUGACCGGCCAACGAUGCACACAGUUGCGCGCUUCAUCCGGUCGCUCACGUCGCCGUCGCGGACGGCACGCGACUCUUGUGCUGGCAGUGUUGCAGAUCAGUUCAAGAGUGCGCAACAAGGUGCAGCAUCAGGAGGAGUGGGCGGAAGCAGCCUCACCCACCGCAUCCACACCGAAGUGCCGUGGGCCAAUGUUGCAGAUGAGCAGAUGGGCGACAGAACAGGAAGCGGCAAGGGCUUUGAGGCCCUCGACGCACGCGGCUCGGAUGGCGUUGCUCCGCCGAAUAAUCCAAGCAACUGCCACUUGGCCCAACGAGUCACGCAGGGAGCAACACCACCACAACACCACAUGAUGACAUCGCCAUCCCUCAACGCGAUCCACAAGAGCAUCAUGGGCGUUCUGCACAACCUCGAAGCGGCGCGGACGGUGAUCGGGAACGCAACCCUCAUCUACAACUCGAAGGUGAGCUUCACCAACUCCCGCACCAGCGAAACAGCCGACUAUUACUCGUUGUUCUGUCAGUACGUCUUGCUUGUUCUGCUGCCACUGAAUAUUGUGGCCUCGCAUUGGGGCAUGAACUGCCCAGUGCCCUUUAUGCGCGUGGAAGGCACAACACCAUUCUGGAGUAUUGUGGGCGUGAUAGCUUUCAUCAGCGUUGCCGGCACCAUCUUCCCCAUCUACGCUUACCUGACCCGGAAAAUCUACUUGAUAGCAUAA